UCUGAGUCCUAACUCAGGUCAGGACAAACAAGAGCCUCUAUUGUCUCAAAUGAUUCAAGAAUGCGACACCACCACUGUUCUUACCCAUUAUCAAUUUUGACUAUCUUCAGCUCAAUCUCUGUACGAUUUUGACACAUUCUCUCACAAUCUCUCACUCCCCGAUCGGAAAUUCCCGUAAAGAUCAUCAAUAGCCAAUUCAAGAUCACUCUGUUGAGCCCUAAAAACCGCCAUGAACCACCACAAUCCACCACCACCACCCAUUAACCACCAAUCCACCACCCAACUCCUCAAACAAACCACCAGAAUCUUUACUUCCCACCUCCUCAUCUUCCUCUUCCUCUCCUCUUUGAUCUUCACCUUCCGUUCUAACGUCGAAAACGGUACCCACUACCUCACUUCCAUUAUCGACCGUGACCCUUCUCUCAAAUCCCUCCUCUCCCGCCUUGAUAUUUCCGGUCGAUCCCAUUUUCCCCAACGCGACCACCACAAUCACCAUCUCCUCCGCCAGCGCCGCCGCCGUCCUUUCCUCCACCUCUCCCGAGUCGGCACUCUCGAUGACGAUUUCUUCUCCGGCGAUGAUGACUAUGACCGCUCUCUCUUUGGGUCCAACCCCAAACCCCAUCUCAAUGGCUCCUUUCUAAUUCUCAACCCCAAAUUAGGGUUUCCGAAUGACAUUACCGAUAAUGGAAUUCGGUUUUCUGAAAUAGUCCGUUCAGGGGUUUCUUUCAAAGCUCCUGAGCAGUCUGUAUACUCUGAAGUACUGAAUGAAACCCAUGAUGUGGGGAGAGAAGAGGCAGAAGGUAACGAUGGUGAAAGAAUAGUUAAUUUGCAGUUCUUUAUCCGGGGGUUGGAGUUGGGUCGCCGGGAUGCGAUCGCAUUGUUAAUUCUUGUGGGGAGUUUGUCUGUUGCUUAUGGGUAUGUGAUUUUUGGGUUUUUAGUUAUUCAUGCUUGGGUGCUUGGAACUGUUUUCUUUGCUGUUGUGAAUGAUUUGUUAGGGAAGCACAGGUCGUUCUUUCGGACAGUGUGGGUUGGUUCCAAUUUGGGUUUGAAAAGGCUUUCUGGGUUUAUUCUUAUGAGGUGGGCAGUAAGAGAUGCAUUGACUCAGUUAUUGGGUAUUUGGUUCUUUGGUGAAAUUGAGGACCAGUACUCGUUCUUCAAGAUUUUUGUGAGGUUGAAGUUAAUGCCAUUUUCAAUAAUGUCUCUGUGGGUAAAAGGACAUGAGAGGGAGAGUGUGGGGUUCUUGUUGUCAUGGUUCUUCUUGGACACGGUGGUGGCGUUUAUUUUUGCUGUGGAUGCAUGGGUUGCCAUUGUGGACUCAAGGAGGAGUGGGAGGGAGGUUGUGAAGGAAGGGUGUCAUUUGUUGUCGACAAUGCUAAACCCUGCUAUUGGCAUCAAAUGUAUGGACGGGAUUAUUUGUGGGUCAUUUAUGAGAUGGAUACUGACCAGAUUUUUUGGGAAAUUGUUUGCCUUUGCUUUCCAAUCUGUGAUGGAGGUUUAUUUUAUGGUGGCUUGGCUGAUAUAUUACUUUGCUGCGAGGUACAAGGAUGCUACUUCGCUUGGACGGCCAUUUGGGCGGAGAGAGUUGGAGGGCUUUCUUGAGGGUGUUAGAUGAUAUCCAGUGGAAGUUAUUCGAAGACACAAUCAUGACUGGGAAAAUACCGGUAAUCUUUUGGUGCUUCAUGUGCUCCAUGUUUUACUGUGAAGGUUGAUUAAGCACUGCCAUUGUUUUGGUGAUUUCACCAGCGAUGCGUUGUAUGUACUUCUUCUUGAUGCAAUUUAGAAUUUGUGUAUAUUUCUAUGAUUUUUUUGUAUAUCGUGUUGCAAUCUUGGUUGAAUGACAUUCAAUAUAAUUUCUCCUUGGUGAAAACUUUUAAGGGGUUAGUCUUAAUUUUCCCAAUUGUUGACACCUUUGAUAUCGUUGAUGUUAGAGAAUAAACGAACCACUGUUGGGAACUGAUAAGUAUAUUGCAUCUGGAUCACUUCUUG